AUGACUUCCAACUCGCAAACCAUCGUCCUGAUUACAGGAGCCAAUCAAGGCAUUGGUUAUGCAACUGCAGAGCAACUUCUCCAGCACAAGAACCACUACAUUAUCCUCGGCUCCCGCAAUGCAGAGAAUGGCGCGCAGGCUGCCGCUAAGCUCGAUCCCUCGGGUGAAUCGGUCGAAUCAAUCGUCAUAGACGUGACAGACGAUACGUCCAUUCAGCAAGCAGCAGACCACAUCGCAUCAAAGCAUGGUCGGAUCGACGUGCUGAUCAACAAUGCGGGAAUAAACAAUGAGCUCGCUCUCUACUGGAAGCAGCAGCAGAACAAAGAGGAGAGCAAGCCUGAUCUUACAGCCUUGCGCCAGAUUUAUCGCGACGCAUACGAAGUCAACCUCUUCGGCGCGGCCAUCGUGACAGAAGCUUUCAUACCUUUGCUGGAGAAGGCGGUUGCCACACCUGCUCGGAUUGUGUUUGUUUCAUCACACACGGGCUCCAUUGGUCUACGCGUUGAUGAAUCUUCCAGCUUUUACGACAAGAUGAGCCAGCCCUCGUUCCCGGUUUAUCGCAGCAGCAAGACUGCAAUGAAUAUGCUCACGCUGCACUACGCAGCCAAGUUCAAGGCGCAAGGGUGGAAAGUUAAUGCAUCUUGUCCGAAUUUGACGAAAUCGGCUUUCUCGCACUUCAGUGAUCUAGGACGGUCUCCAGCUGAGUCUGCUGUUAAUAUUGUGCGGCUGGCAACUUUGUCGGAGGAUGGAGAAACAGGACAAUACUCCGAUGAGAACGGUGUGGUGGAUUGGUAG